UCUUCCUGACAGCAGCAUUUCCUCACCUCUUCAAUCCAAUCCAUUCCCAUUCCAAUGGCAGCAGCUGCAACAGCUACAAUAGCAGCUCUCUCCUCGCUUUCUCUCAACCGUCGUCUCUCAUCCCAGCCGUCAAUCUUUUCCUUCUCCUUCAAUCUCCUCCCUCCAAAGACUCCUACCCUCAUCAGAGCCAGGCCCACUUCAUCACCCCUCCCUCUCUCCUUCAAAAUCAAAGCCUCUUCCUCUUCAGGUGACGUCGACACCACCUUCUUCGACAACGUCGACCCAAAUUCCGACAUCCCUUUCGAGCCCAUCGCCCCUCCUGAGGGCUACGUCCCCCCUCCCUACUUCGAUGACGGGCCCGCCGAGACCGAGGACGAGAUCGCGGCCGCUUAUGAAGAGCUCUACGGCCCCGCCUACAGCGGUGUCAGUAUCCUCGGCAACAACAUCAAUGUCAUGGAUGCCAAGAUAAAAAAGGCGACUGGGUUCGGGUCCAAACGGAAGAAGGAAAAGGUGCGGGAUGGGUUCGAUGAGCGGGUCGUGCAGGUGCGGCGCGUCACCAAGGUGGUCAAGGGCGGGAAGCAACUCUCUUUCCGGGCCAUCGUGGUUGUCGGUGAUAAGCAGGGGCAGGUCGGGGUUGGGGUCGGGAAGGCUAAGGAGGUAGUCUCUGCUGUCGAAAAGUCGGCCACAAAUGCGAGGAGGAACAUCAUCACAGUGCCAAUGACCAAGUACUCCACAUUCCCUCACAGAGCGGAUGGAGAUUAUGGAGCUGCAAAGGUGAUGCUUAGACCUGCUUCACCUGGUACUGGUGUUAUCGCUGGUGGUGCAGUGAGGAUUGUACUUGAAAUGGCAGGCGUCGAGAAUGCUUUGGGGAAACAAAUAGGAAGUAAAAAUGCCCUUAAUAACGCAAGAGCAACAGUUGUUGCAGUACAGAAGAUGAGGCAGUUCAGUGAUGUGGCCCGCGAGCGUGGGAUCCCAAUGGAAGAGUUGUGGAAAUGAUGAUGAUGGUUAAGGGAGUUUGUUGAAAUCUGGUUUCAACAGGUGAGUUGUAAUUUUUCUUCUCUUAGUUUUCAUUUGUGGACAUUUUCUUUAGAAGAAUGCAGUACAAGAAAUGAUUUUUUUUCUCA